GCAUGUGACUCGCAAACCCAUUUUUGACUUCACGCAAGAAAAAAAAAAUGCAAAACUUCAAAGAGCCAAGUUUUUUUUUUCCAAACAUAUUUGACUGGAUUCGGCUAUGGUCAAGGCAUAUCUUCGUUACGAGCCGCUUGCUAGUUUUGGCGUAAUCGCCUCGACGCAGUCGAAUAUUACCUACGAUCAUACCGGCAAAUUAGCCUUGACGCCGGCUUUGGAAGACGUGGUGCUUUGGGAUCUGAAAAAGGGAACUCAGGUCGGCAAAUGGAAAGAGUCUGGCAAUAAUGCUCAAGUGACAAGCAUUGCCAAAAGUCCCAACAAUCGUGAUUAUGCGGUCGGCUAUGCCGAUGGAAUGGUUCGACUAUGGAAGAUCGAUGCUUCUACAUCCACAGUAACCCUGAGCGGUCACCGUGGUGCAGUAACGACACUCGCAUUCAACGACGACGGUACACGACUUGCCUCGGGUUCGCGCGACACGGACAUCAUCGUGUGGGACGUUGUUGCAGAAACGGGCAUGUAUCGACUGAAAGGACACAAGGAACAACUGACGUGUCUGAAAUUCCUAAAGAACCCAGAACGACCUGCCGACGAAGGAUACCUGCUGUCGGCAUCCAAGGAUACCCUUUUAAAACUGUGGGAUUUGUCGAGCCAGUUUUGUCGUGAGACGGUAGUGGGUCAUCGAACAGAAGUUUGGUCGCUUGACGUGGAUCCUCAGCAAUCAGUCAUUAUUUCCGGCGGUGCUGAGCCGAUGCUCAAGGCUUGGAAGAUCGACUGGGAUGUGCUGGAAAAGUCGUUGGAUGACAUGGAAAUUGAUCAAGAAGCUCACCAAGCAGACGAGGCAGAUUCGUUGAAAAGAGCAAUUAAAGCCUAUGGCAACAUCCCACGGAACUCGCGCGAUCGUAUAGUCACGAUUCGAUUCCAUCCGUCUGGCAAGUUUGUUGGUGUGCAGGCUGCGGAUAAGGCGGUCGAGCUGUACCAGAUUCGGGAUCAUGAGCAGAUCCGUAAAAAGAUUCAGCGACGGAAAAAGCGUGCAAAGGAGAAGGGAAAAGAAGUCGAAAUUAGCGAUGAAAUCCAGGCAGAGGAUGAGUUCAACAGCUAUACAAUUGUUCGUGCUCAAAGCAAGAUUCGAAGUUUUGACUUUGCUCCGGUGAAGGAUGUACAGAAAGCGGGUCAUAUUCAGAUGGUUGUUUCGCUAAACGACAACAUGGUGGAAGUGUAUAACGCCCCCUUACCCGCCGAAAAGAAGUCGGACGAUGUUGAAGAACCAAGUCGAUUAUCGAGCAUUGAUCUGCCUGGCCAUCGAUCAGACGUUCGCGCAGUAGCGCUUAGCGCAAAUGAUGACUUGCUCGUCUCUGCUUCACACAACAUUCUAAAGAUUUGGAACGUCAAAACUCGAUCGUGUAUUCGCUCGAUGGAUUGUGGCUAUGCUUUAUGCUGCUCCUUCCUUCCCGGUGAUCGUCAUGUUGUUGUUGGUACCAAAUCAGGCGAGCUUGAGUUAUUUGAUAUUGCAUCGUCAUCCAUGGUAUAUUCUGUGGCUGCUCAUGCUGGUUCGAUCUAUUCGUUACACAUGCGUCCCGACAAGCGAGGCUUUGCCACGGGCGGCGCUGAUAAGGAAGCCAAGUUCUGGGACUUCAAGAUUGACGAAGAAAAGCCCACAAGCUACCCCACGUUUGUGCAUAUGCGUACAUUGAAGCUAUCGGAUGAAGUAUUGUGCGUUCGCUACAGUCCGGAUCAAAAUAUUCUCGCUGUGUCUCUUCUGGACAGCACUGUGAAAGUGUUUUAUCACGACACUCUCAAAUUCUUCUUGUCGCUCUAUGGUCACAAGCUUCCUGUCUUGUCGAUGGAUAUUUCAUCCGACAAUACCCUGAUAGCCACGGCCUCUGCUGACAAGAACGUCAAAAUUUGGGGUCUUGAUUUCGGUGAUUGUCACAAGUCUAUAUUUGCUCAUCAAGAAAAUAUUACGGGUAUCCAGUUCGUAUGGGGCAGCCAUUAUUUCUUUACUGUUAGCAAGGACAAAAUGGUCAAAUACUGGGAUGGUGAUAAGUUUGAGAAUAUCAUGAAGCUUCCAGGCCAUCAUGGUGAGAUCUGGGCAUUGGCAGUAUCAAGACAGGGUGGUAUCGUAGUGACAGCGUCGCAUGAUCGAUCUAUCCGUAUUUGGGAAAGAACCGAUGAACAGCUCUUUUUGGAAGAAGAGCGUGAAAAGGAACUGGAAGAGAUGUACGAGUCCACGUUGGUUAGCCAAAUGGAAAAGGUUGAUGUGAACGAUACAGAGGUGGACGUUGCAGGCAAGCAAACCAUGGAGACUCUGAAGGCUGGUGAGCGGAUCAUCGAAGCUCUUGAAAUUGCCGAUGAGGAAAAACAAGGAUGGGAAGCGUAUGAGGCGGCCAAGGCAAAGGGCUUACCCGCCGAACCACCACAGCGUAAUCCCAUCCUGAUGGCCAUGGGUGACCUGACACCGGAAAAGUACGUGCUCAACACUAUCGAAAAGAUCAGGGCCAAUGAUUUGGAAGAAGCCUUGCUGGUGUUGCCAUUCUCCAAGGUCACAUCUUUGCUCUCCUACAUUGACAGCUGGGCCAAAAAGAACUGGAACCUGAUAUUAACCUCGCGGAUUCUGUUUUCGCUGAUCAAAAUGCAUCACAACCAAAUUGUUGCCAAUCGCAUCAUGCGACCUAUGCUGGACUCGAUCCGCCACCACUUGCGGGCAAGCUUGCAGAAGCAAAAGGAUAUCAUGGGCUAUAACCGAGCAGCGUUGACCUAUCUGCGACGAGACUGGGAGGCACGUAACACGGCCGACUUUUUUGAUGAACCUCCAAGCACUUCAGACGAUAGCAAGAAGCGUGCAUUCAUCCAUGUGUAACAACAGCAACAGCAACAGCAACAAUAGACCACCACCCUAUUUAUAUUAUACAUCUUUAAAUUCCAUACACUUCAUGCAC